UUCAGGUCAACUUUUAAUGAACAUUUUACACGAGUGUAACACCUUAGCGACUCGCAAAGUGCUGCUUCUCUGUCUCAGAAGCACGCACCACGUAAACCUCCGCCUCCGUUUGUCCCACCCCUGCUAGGGCCCUGAGUCUUUCCUAUUGGUUCCUCUCCGGCAGUCGGUUGCCGUGGAGACCACGGCGAUGGCAACCAGGAGAAGCCAAACUUGGUCAUUCCUUUGGAAACGCGGCUAGCCGGCCGACAGUGCGCAGUGUUCAUGGCGCUCUACGAGCUUUUCUCUCACCCGGCCGAGCGCGGUUACCGCGCCGGGCUUUGCUCCAAGGCCGCGCUUUUCCUGCUGCUGGCCGCCGUGCUCACCUACAUCCCGCCGCUGCUGGUGGCCUACCGGAGCCACGGGUUUUGGCUGAAGCGCAGCAGCUACGAGGAGCAGCCGACUGUGCGCUUCCUGCACCAGGUGCUGCUCGUGGCCCUACUGCAACCCGAGCAGGGCGGCUUCCUCGCCUGGAGCACGUUCCCCGCCUUCAACCGGCUGCAGGGGGAUCGGCUGCGCGUCCCGCUCGUCUCGACUCGAGAAGAAGACAGGAACCAGGAUGGGAAGGCAGACGUGCUGCAUUUUAACCUGGAGCUUCCCCUGCAGUCUACAGAACACGUACUCGGCGUGCAGCUGCUCCUGACCUUCACAUACCAACUGCACAGGAUGUCAACAUUUGUGAUGCAGAGCAUGGCCUUUGUCCAGUCCUCUUGUGCGGUUCCGGGGUCCCAGCUGUACGUGAACGGAGACCUGAGGCUGCAGCAGAGGCAGCCGCUAAGAUACAGUGGCCUGGACGUCAGAUACAAUGUGUCUGUGAUCAACGGGACCAGCCCCUUCGCCCAGGACUUCGACCUCACCCGCAUUAUGGCCGCCUACCAGGAAAGGAACGUCACCACCAUCCUGAGUGACCCCAACCCCAUCUGGCUGGUGGGCAGGGCGGCAGAAGCUCCAUUCGUGAUUAAUGCUGUCAUCCGAUACCCUGUGGAAGUCAUCUCUUACCAGCCGGGAUUCUGGGAGAUGAUCAAGUUUGCCUGGGUCCAGUACGUCAGCAUCCUGCUCAUAUUCCUCUGGGUGUUCGGAAGAAUCAAAAUCUUCGUGUUUCAGAACCAAGUGGUGACCACUAUCCCAGUGCCAGCCAUGUCUCAGGGAGACUUGCACAAGGAGCACUUAUCCUGAGAAGACCAUUUCCGAGGGCUCAGCGGGCCGGCUUCCUCAGUGCUGUCUCCUGAAGGGCAGUGCACGCCUGCAGCCUUGUGUGGUUUUCCCCUUGGAAGCGCAGCUCUUCCCACUUUUGCUCUCCGUCCAUGCCAACAAGAAUCACUGGGCACUGGUCUGUGGGACUGUCAGAGGCCUCGGGAGGCUAUAAUUUGCUGUUUUUGUGUGUUUGCUGGCCUUGCCCUUGAAUUUCAACAGAACCUUCCAGUCAGUUCAGGCAUCUUGGAAAGAGUCCCAUUUCUGGUCAAGCAGAGACGGUCGCUCUUUUGAACCAGAAGCACUGGGCAUCUCUUCUCCCUAUUGUAACCCACUUUGACUCUUUUCAGGCCUCUAUUGAUGAAUAUGCAAAUCCCCAGCAAUUUCUACUCCAGGGGAUCUAGGGUUCCCAUUCAGAGCUUUGAUUUCCAGAAUGAGGCUUUUAGCCAGCACCCAAGAGCAAGCCCUGCAAACCCAUGGGGUGGGCAGGGGGCAACACCAGGACCGUCCACCUGCCCUCAGCCUGACAGACGCGGUCUGUCGCCAGCCCAGCUGAACAGCCCUCUGUGCCUGCCCCGCGGAGGCUGGCUCCUUGCCCUGCCUCUGGCCCUGGGUCUGCGCCCCUGGAUCGGCAGCCUGAGUCAGACGCUCUGUUUCACUUGGUCCCUCAGCAGCGGUGGGUGGCGCAAGGGUUGUAACAACAGGUUCUUUCUCUCUGGCCCUCACCCAAAAGCUUGGACAGUCGCCACCCCCCACUUCGCAGCCCACCCCCUUCCUGAGAGGACGUGGGUGACAGAGGAGGCUUUGUUGGUGUUGGCUCCCCUGCCGGACAGCCACAGCAUCCAUUUGGAGGGCUCGGGAGAAGCCCAGAUACUUGCGCUUCCCCUGAGUAAGAACAGGUUGCCCAACACAGGGGCAGCUUGGGGAGUGUCACGAGGAGCAGGCUGGACUGAAGAGGCUGCUGGGCUGGGCAUUCAAUCCAGCAGCCUGACGAUCCUCUUGGCUGAGCUGGUGUCUGCAGGGUGGAGGUGGCUAGAAAGGGUCUUUGUUGGUGGAAGACAUUGGUUAUUGGUCAGAAAUGCUUUUUUUUUUGGGGGGGGGGUACCAGGGAUCAAACUCAGGACCUUGUGCUUGCCAGGCAGGCACUUAAGCCACUAAGCUAAAUCCCCGGCAAGACAUUGGUUAUUAAAUCCAUUCCCCCCCUGGGCAAAUGUGCAGCCUCCUGAGAGGCCAGAUGGGUCUGCUGUAUGGGUCCCAGCAUGUCAACACACUGGAGAGACACACCCUUCUGAGACCCAGGCUUCCUGAUCACUUACACUCUUUAUGUGUGCCUCAGUUUACCUUCAGGAUUCAGUUAUUUCCAAAGUACCUUUUCUUUCAUGAGGACUGAAAUAAGAGUUUUUGUUUUGUUUUGAGACACGGUGUUGCUACAUAAUUCAAACUGGCCUCAAGCUCAGUAUGUAGCCCAGGCUGAUGGUGAACUCAAGGGGAUCCUCCUGCCUCAGCCUCCCAGGUGCUGGGAUUGCAAGCCUGCACCACCAUGCCUGUCACCAAAAUGAGUUUUAAAAAUAAUACCUUGAAAUAAGCAGAAAAAUUCCCUUCCACAGAUUCCUCUGACUUCUUUUACUAUUUAAGGAUGUUUAGAUACCUACUUUUUUUCCUUGAGAUUUAAAUGAAAACUUUUUGGGUUUAAAUGUCUAGAAGAUGAGAUACAGAAAGAUGGCUAAAGAUUAACAUUUGUUUUAUAUUUUUUCUUCUAAUGCAAAUUUGGUAUAGAGAACCCAUAAUGUUUUAUAACUUUCUAAUUAAAAUGCUCAAAAUAGAA